UCCUCCAUCAUGUUUAGACCUCACUGUUACUUCAAACAGUUAAAGACACGAAAUGGAAUUAAACAUUUACUGUUCCUUUCAACGGGCAAGAAUGAUGUUAAAAAAUUAAGGAUAACUCCAGUACCACCAAGUGGGGGCACCACUGACUGGAUAGGACCUCCAGAUCCCAUUUCAAAUAUCAGACCAAUUCGUUUUUAUGUUCAUCCAAAUGAAACACUUACAGAGAAAAAGUUUCGAAUAAGAAGAGCAGAGGUCUUAGAGUGGAAUCAACAGUUUUGGGCAGAUCAUAACUCAAGAUUUUUCAAGGAAAAAGAAGAAUAUGUUCAAUCUCUGAAAGAGCUUAGUGCUGACAGCAAUAAAAAUGUGACCCAAGAAGAGUUAUCCCCAUUUUACAAAGCUUUUCUAGAUAAAAAUAGGAUCACACAUCUAAAUUAUAACAAGGAAUGGUACAGGAAAAACAUUACGUUGUUGUGGCCUGCUCUCAAAGUUUCACUGAUACGUAUUGCAAGAAAAUUUAAGAAAGAAAAAUAAGGUUACUAUUUGUCUAAAUUGUUGUUACAAUGUGUUACACAAUGUGUUGUAGUUUCUGCCAGUUUGUUGAAAUGUCAUUGAUGAAAUGUAUUGUAAUUUUAAAUAUUUAUUAAGAUGUAAAUAAUGUAGAUAAUGAAAUAAUGCUUAUUCUAAAUUAUUUCCUGAAUUGAGAGAUCAACACGCUGUGUAAGGCUUGUAAAAUGAAGACCGAUUAUUUGUAUAAAAUUAAAUGUUUAUUACAUUAAUAAAGAAAGAUUAAAUAUUUCAUAUGUGAUUGGUAUUGCUUGAAUACUAUGGAUUGUAUAACUAAUGGUUGCAGAUCAUGUGUGUCCAUUAAUGGUGC